AUGUCAUCGCCGGUGCCCGAGAGGAGGCGCUCCACGCGGCGGCGGACCAAACUGUCCUACGCCGACGCGGACCCCGACGCCGAGCCCGAACGCGGUGGAAAGCGCCGGCGCAGUGCGGCGGGUACCCGUAACCGUAAGAGCGGCCCCGCCAAGGGCGAGCCGAAACGGAGGCGGCGCCUGGCCGAGGCGCCGGCUAUGAUGGAGGAGGGUGACGCGAUCGACGACGACGUGUGCGCGUCGGAGCCCGAUGCGGAGGAGAUGCAGAUGGCGGAAGAGGAGGAGGAGACCGCCGAGCUCGAGGCGGCGGAGCGGGCCAAGGCGGGGACGCUUCGCACCAUCAGGAGGAAGAGAAGGGUGGCGACGAGGCCGAGGAGCAUGCAGAAGAAGGAGGAGGGCGCCUCCGAGUCCGAGGACCACUUCGUCGGCGCCGACCCGAUACCAGAUGACGAGGCGCGGCGACGGUGGCCGGAGAGGUACAAACCCAAGGCUUCUGACCGUCCAAAAGUUACUACUAAGCGUAAAAAGCGGUCUAAUGCGCCCGAGGAGGAAAAGGAGAAACGUGCUCGAUGCCACUACAGAUCUGCUAUCGUGGAAGGUGUCAAUUUUGAUCUUGGCGAUGAUGUCUACAUCCGGCCGGCUGGUGAUGGCGAGGAUGAUUACAUUGGAAGGAUUACCGAAAUUUUCCAAGAAAUUGAACAUGGAUCAUAUUUCUGUUGCCGUUGGUUUUACAGUGUGGCUGAUACAGUUAUCACAUCCAAGGUGUUGGAGGUUCCUGAUCAUGAACAGGAUCAUAAGCGUGUUUUCCUUUCAGAGGAAAAGGAUGAUAACCUGGUUGGGUCAAUUAUCUCGAAAGUAAAUAUCACUUAUGUUGGCCCAAACUUGACACAACAAGUAAAAGCUGAGCUUAUAUCAAAUUGUGAUUUGUAUUAUGAUAUGGCGUAUUCUGUGGCAUAUUCCACAUUUGCCAACCACCAGGAAAAACCAAUUGCUGACCUGGUGGUAUCACCUGAUGCACAAAUGCAAACAGCAACACUGCUGGAUCUAUACUCUGGAUGUGGUGCCAUGUCAACCGGGCUUUGCAUGGGUGCUCCAUUGUCUGGCCUAAAAUUGACUACUAAAUGGGCUGUAGACAUGAACAAAUAUGCAUGUGAUAGUCUAAAGCACAACCACCCACGUGCACAGGUACGAAAUGAGAAGGCCGAGAAUUUUCUUAAACUCCUUCAGGAGUGGGAUAGACUUUGUAAGGAAUAUGACGUCCAUAAUAGCACUUCUCUACCGCGGAGUUCGAAUGAUGAUGAAGAUGACGAAAAUGGAGUAAAUGAAUCUCUUUCGGAGGGUACAUUUGAGGUUGAGAAGCUUGUUGAUAUAUGCUACGGUGAUCCAAAUAAAACUAAAAUAGAUGGCUUGUGUUUUAAGGUACGGUGGAAAACAUAUGAUUCUAGUCAUGAUACUUGGGAGCCCCUUGAUGGCCUUAGAGAUUCUCCGGAAGCUAUUAAAGAAUUUGUGGAGAGUGGAUAUAGAGAAUCCAUUUUACCCUUGCCUGGCCAUGUGGAUGUUAUCUGUGGUGGUCCCCCCUGCCAAGGAAUUAGUGGACUGAACAGACACCGAAAGCAUAAAGAUCCGCUGGCGGAUGAAAAAAACAAACAGAUGCUUGUGUUCAUGGACAUUGUCAACUACCUCCGACCUAAAUACGUUCUUAUGGAGAACGUUGUAGAUAUUCUAAAGUUUGCAAAGGGAUUUCUUGGGCGUUAUGCCCUGAGCCGACUUAUCGCCAUGCGUUACCAAGCUAGACUUGGAAUGAUGGUUGCAGGAUCUUAUGGGCUUCCACAAUUUAGGAUGCGGGCCUUUCUGUGGGGAGCUCUUCCUUCUGUGGUACUUCCAAAAUUUCCCCUUCCCACACAUGAUGCUAUUAAUCGAGGACAACACGAGCCAACUGAAUUCACGCAAUGUCUAGUUGCAUGUGAUGAAAAUGAAUCUAAGGAUUUGGAGAACGCUCUUUGUCUUAGGGAUGCCAUAGAUGAUUUACCCAAGGUUGAAAACCAUCAACCUGAAGACAUUAUGGCAUAUAAAAGUAGACCCAAAACAGAUUUACAACGCUAUCUCCGUCUCAACCGUAACGACAUGAGGGACGACUCGCUUGGAGAUGCCCCUCCAAAGGAAUGCCAGCUAUUCGAUCAUCAGCCGCUUCAACUGAAUAAGGAUGAUUAUGACAGAGUGCAGCAGAUUCCCCAAAAAAAGGGGGCCAACUUCCGCGACUUGAAAGGUGUCCGGGUUGGAAAAAACAAAAGCGUUGAGUUUGAUCUGAGUAUUCCUCGUCAAUAUCUUUCGUCCGGGAAGCCUUUGGUCCCUAAUUAUGCUAUGAAGUUCUGCAAGGGCAAGUCACUGAAACCAUUUGGACGCCUGUGGUGGGAUGAAACCGUCUCUACUGUUGUGACCAGAGCCGAGCCUCACAACCAAGCUAUUUUGCAUCCCAAGCAGGACAGAGUUCUGACCGUUCGAGAAAACGCUAGGCUGCAGGGCUUCCCGGAUUACUACAGGCUGUCUGGCCCCAUAAAACAAAAAUAUAUCCAAGUUGGGAACGCUGUCGCUGUUCCCGUUGCCCGAGCCCUGGGGUGUUCACUCGGAGAGGCAUACCAGCAUGGUGAAUUCAGUGGAGACCAGUGCCCCUUGUUCAAACUGCCUGCGAACUUCAUCCCUGCGCCUCAAGCAAGAGCUGCAAGAUUGCCUCGAGGAUCUUCUGCAGGCGAAGUAGUGGAGGAAGAAUAGUUUAAUUUGAUCGACU